AUGGUUCCAGCCAGGGCGGAAGCCACAUCUGGCUCGAGCCCAAGCGCCUCAUUUCAGAGGGAUCAGAAACCAGGAAGCAUCCGGAGCGUCGACCGCGGCCAACGGAUGCUUGGCAUUCCAGCCGAUCCGAACUGCUGUGAGCUCACAUCGUUACUGUACGUGAUCGUUACCCAAGUGCAGCGACCCGGCGGGCAUGUGGCCAGACCUCCGGGACCCCACCGUGGCCACUGCAGGGCCAGAGACCCAGCGCCCCUGCCUGCUGCCCCCAUGUCAUCCCAGCCCUCUGUGGGAAGCCGCGUCGGUGGGGGCCGGCGGUCUGAGAAGCUGUUAAGACUCUCGGAGGAGGGUACGCGGGUGUGGGUGAGGCAGGCUGGGGAGAAGGAGCAGCUGGUCCCCUCUACGGUCAACUCCUGUGGAGACACCCUGGUCGUCACAACCGACUAUGGAGAGGUGUUGUACCUGCAGCAGGCGGAGGUGACGAGGGAGAAGGUGUACCCCAUGCACCAGAGUAGCAUCGAUGGGGUGGAGGACAUGUCCGCUCUGGCGGAGCUCCACGAGGCGGCCAUCAUGCUCAACCUCUACCAGCGCUACCAGAAGGACAACAUCUAUACCAACAUCGGCUCCAUCUUGGCGGCGGUGAACCCCUAUAAGCAGAUCCCAGACCUGUACAACCCGUCUGCAGUGGAGCUGUACAGCCAGCACCACCUGGGGGAGCUGCCCCCACACAUCUUCGCUGUGGCCAACGAGUGCUACCGCUGCCUGUGGAAGAGACACGACAGCCAGUGUGUGCUGAUUAGUGGAGAGAGUGGUGCAGGUAAAACAGAGAGCACGAAGCUGCUGCUGCAGUUCCUCUCAGUGAUGAGCCAGAACUCAGCAGGAACUCCUCCAUCAGAGAGAAGCACACGAGUGGAGCAGGCCAUCGUACAGAGCAGCCCCAUCAUGGAGGCGUUUGGGAAUGCCAAGACCGUGUACAACAACAACUCCAGCCGCUUCGGGAAGUUCAUCAUGCUGCACUUCUCCGAGAGUGGGAACAUCCACGGAGGAUGCAUCGUCGACUAUCUGCUGGAAAAGAAUCGAGUGGUGCGGCAGAACCCAGGGGAGAGGAACUAUCACAUAUUCUAUGCACUUCUAGCUGGAGCUGACAAAACUCAGAAAGAGACGUACUUCUUGACGGAGCCUCCAGAGUCGUUCCACUACCUGAGCCAGUCGGGCUGUAUGAAGGACAGGAGUCUGGACGAUAAGCAGCUGUUUGACAGCGUUUUGGAGGCUCUGAAGGUGCUGGAGUUCUCGGAGGAGGAGAGCAGAGACAUGUUCAAGCUCCUGUCUGGAGUCCUGCAGCUGGGCAAUGUAGAGUUCAUGACAGCAGGGGGCGCUCAGAUCACCACUAAACAAGUGGUCAGUAACGUGAGUGACCUGCUGGGUCUGGAUACCUUUCAGCUCUCUGAGGUUCUGACCCAAAGAUCCAUGAUCCUCAGGGGAGAGGAGAUCUGCUCACCUCUCACUAUAGAACAGGCAAUAGAUUCACGAGACUCUGUUGCCAUGGCGCUGUACUCCCAAUGUUUCUCGUGGAUUAUCCUGAAGAUCAACCAGAAGAUCAAAGGCAAAGACAACUUCAAGUCCAUCGGCAUCCUCGACAUCUUUGGCUUCGAGAACUUUGAGGUGAACCGCUUUGAACAGUUCAACAUCAACUACGCCAACGAGAAACUGCAGGAGUACUUCAACAAGCACAUCUUCUCUCUGGAGCAGCUAGAAUAUAACAGGGAAGGUAUUCAGUGGGAGGCCAUUGAUUGGAUGGAUAAUGCUGAAUGCUUGGAUCUGAUUGAGAAGAAACUGGGCAUGCUGGCUUUGAUUAAUGAGGAGAGCCGCUUCCCCAAAGGCACAGACUUCACCCUGCUAGAGAAACUACACAGUAGACACGCCACCAACCCUUACUAUGUGAAGCCCAGAGUCGCAGACUACCAGUUUGGCAUCAAGCACUAUGCAGGAGAGGUGUUGUAUGAUGCGAGAGGCAUCCUCGAGAAGAACAGGGACACUUUCAGAGAUGACAUCCUGAACAUGCUCAAAGACAGCAAGCUGGACUUCAUCUAUGACCUGUUUGAGCAAGUGGCCAGCAGGAACAGCGAGGAGACGCUGAAGAUGGGCACCGCACGCCGCAAGCCCACCGUCAGCUCCCAGUUCAGGGACUCCCUGCAUUCUCUGAUGGCCACCCUGAGUGUCUCCAACCCUUUCUUUGUCCGCUGCAUCAAGCCCAACAUGGAGAAGAACCCGAAUGUGUUCGACCCAGAUGUGGUUCUGAAUCAGCUGAGGUACUCCGGGAUGCUGGAGACAGUCAAGAUCCGCCGCGCUGGCUUCCCCGUCCGACGCACCUUCAAAGACUUCUUCAAUAGGUAUAAGAUCAUCCUGAAGGACAAAGCUGCAGCCAAUGCAGCCGGAGACGAUAGGAAGAGGAGCACAGACCUGCUGACGAUGUACGACAAAGUCAAGAAGGAGUGGCAGCUAGGGAAGACCAAGGUGUUUAUGAAGGAGUCUCUGGAGCAGCGUCUUGAGAAGGAAAGAGAGGAGGUGCGCAGCAAAGCUGGACUGAUCAUUAGAGCUUACCUGCUCAGAUACUCCGCCAGGAAGUACUACAGGAAGGCCAGAGCCAGCAUCGUCACCAUCCAGAAGAACCUGCGGGCGUGUCUGGGCCGGCGCCGCUACGCCAAGAAGCGCUCGGCCGCGCUGCUCCUCCAGAGGCACCACCGCGGACAGCUGGCCAGGGCACGGUGCCGCAAGCUGCGCGAGGAGAAGAGGAAGAGAGAGGAGGAGGAGAGGAAGAAGAGGGGGGAGGAGGAGAAGACGGAAGGGGAGGGGCAAACACAGGAAGGUGUCAUCGCCAGACAGGAAGCGGAGGACAAGGAAGUCGGAGCUCAGGCGGUGCGUCCCCUCUCCGUGCAGGAGGAGAACCGUCAGAUGGAGGAGAUCCUGCGCAUCGAGCUGGAGAUCGAGCGGCUGCAGCAGCAGCGGGAGGACGGCGUGUCACAGCUGUGCGAGAGCUCGCGCCAGGAGCUGAGGCUGCGCCGUGAUGCCGAGAUCCUGCGCAUGAAGAAGGAGACCUCACGCAAGGACCUCAUCAGCUUCCGCGGCGUUGAUGGCAGCGACAUGGCUUCCCUCUCCGAGACCAGCGAGUCCGGUCCGCCUCCGGCAGCCCCUCCUGCCCAGCCCGCCCCGGGGACCCCCACCAAGGCCGAGAGCGCCAGCCCUGCCACCCCCACCACCACUGGCACCAAGACCAAGACGUCCGAGGAGGAGGUGGACGAGGGUUUCCACGCCGACGACGAGUGCAUCCCGCUGCCGGACAUCCCGCCUCCAGCCGAGGUGCCGCCGGACAAGGAGAUCCUGGCCACCGUCCCGCCGCCCCCGGCCCCCUUCGCCGAGGGCACGCUAGCGCCCUCUGGUGGCCAAGGUGCGGAGAAGAAAGAGGAGGACCAGGCGGACAGGACGAGCCGACUGACCACCACGGAGUCGCUGGCGGACGGCGAGGAGCCGAUCUACAGCCUGCCCGCCGACCCCGAGUCGGACUACGACCAGGACGAGAUGGAUGAGACGCGGGCGGGCAGCAACGCGGAUGCGGGCAGCGCCAUCGUCAUGACGACAGAGGAGGAGGUGCGCAAGUCCACCUGCACCAAUGCCAGCCUGGACUCCUACAAGGGCAGCUCCGACUCGUAUGCGGAGAGUGAUGACGAGCAUGAUGGGUAUGUGGACACGGAUGAGGAGGUCUCCUCCAACGGGAGAGUCCACGUGCUGAACGGCAACGGACCACCCUACUUCCACAGCUACCUCUAUAUGAAAGCGGGCCUGAUGAUCCCGUGGCGUAGGCGCUGGUGUGUUCUGAAGGACGAGACGUUCAUGUGGUUCCGCUCCAAGCAGGAGUCGCUCAAGAGCGGCUGGCUCUACAAGAAGGGCGGCGGCCUGUCCACGCUGUCGCGCCGCAACUGGAAGAUGCGCUGGUUCGUGCUGCGCGACUACAAGCUCAUGUACUUCGACAACGACAGCGAGGAGAAGCUCAAGGGGACCAUCGAUAUCCGCUCCGCCAAAGAGAUCGUGGACAACCACGAGAAAGAGAACGCUCUGAACAUAGUGACGGAGGAGAGGACCUACCAGGUAUUCGCAGAGUCACCUGAGGAUGCCAGUGGCUGGUUUAACGUGCUGAGUCGAGUGGCUGUAGCGACUCCUGAGCAGCUGAUGGAGAUGUCCCAUGAGCAGGCUAACCCAAAGAACGCAGUGGGGACGCUGGAUGUUGGGCUGAUCGACUCCGUCUGCGCCUCAGACAAUCCUGACCGGCCCAACUCGUUUGUGAUCAUCACGGCUAACCGCGUGAUCCACUGCAACUCUGACAUGCCAGAGGAGAUGCACCACUGGAUCAGCCUGCUGCAGAAACCCAAAGGAGACUCCAAGAUCGACGGGCAGGAGUUCCUCGUCAGAGGCUGGCUGCAUAAGGAGAUGAAGACAGGAUCGAAGAGCACGUCUCUGAAGCUAAAGAAGCGCUGGUUUGUGCUGACCAACAACUCGCUGGACUACUAUAAGUCGUCGGAGCGCAACGCCUCCAAGAUGGGCACGCUGGUGCUCAACAGCCUCUGCUCCGUGGUGCAGCCGGAGGAGAGGGUCUUCAAGGAGACCGGCUACUGGAACGUCACUGUUUACGGCAGGAAGCACUCCUACCGCCUCUACACCAAGAUGCUCAACGAGGCCAUGAGGUGGGCAUCGGCCAUCCAGGGGGUCAUCGACAACAAGGUGCCCAUCGAGACGCCCACGCAACAGCUCAUCAGGGACAUCAAGGAGAGCAGCGUGAACUCUGAGGCGGUGGAGCAGAUGUACAGGAGGAACCCCAUCCUCAGAUACACCCAGCACCCCCUGCACUCCCCACUACUGCCCCUGCCCUACGGGGAGGUCAACGUCAGCCUCCAAAAAGAGCAGGGCUACUCCAGUCUCCAGGACGAGGCGGUGAAGAUGUUCAACUCGCUGCAGGAGAUGGAGACGGUGCCCGACCCCGUGCCCAUCAUCCAGGGCAUCCUGCAGACGUGCCAGGACCUGCGCCCACUCCGCGACGAGGUCUACUGCCAGCUCAUCAAGCAGACCAAUCACGUGCCGCACCCCAACAGCCCGGCCAACCGGGCGCUCUGGCACCUGCUCACCUGCAUGAGCUGCACCUUCCUGCCCAGCCGAGCCAUCCUGCGCUACCUGCGCUUCCAUCUCAAGAGGAUCUCUCUGCGUUUCCCUGGGACGGAGAUCGAGAAGUACGCCCAGUUCAUCGGGGAGUCUCUGAAGCGGACCAAGUCCAGGGAGUACGUGCCGUCUCAGGAGGAGAUCGCCGCCCUGCUGGUGAGGCAGGAGAUGACCACCACUGUGUACUGCCAUGGAGGAGGCUCGUGCAAGAUCUCCAUUAACUCCCACACCACGGCUGGAGAGGUGGUGGAGAAGCUCAUCAGAGGCUUGGCCAUGGAGGACAGCAGGAACAUGUUCUCCCUGUUUGAACACAACAAGAUCACUGACCGCGCCAUCGAGAGCCGCAUCAUCGUAGCUGAUAUCCUGGCCAAGUUCGAGAGGUUGGUAGGAAGUGAGGAUGAGGAAGAGGAGGGCCCGUGGCGGCUCUACUUCAAGCUCUACUGCUUCCUGGACGUGGAGAGCAUGCCCAAGGAGGGGGUGGAGUUUGCCUUCAUGUUUGAGCAGGCUCACGAGAGCUCGAUCAGCGGCCACUUCCCCGCCCCCGAGGAGACCCUCCAGCACCUGGCCGCCCUGCGGCUGCAGUACCUCCACGGCGACAUGACGCCGCGCAUCACCUGGAACCUGAACAACGUGUACCCGGUGGGGCGCCUGCGCACGCGCAUCCUGCAGUCCACCAAGUCGGGCUCGGUGGGCACCACGCUGGAGCGGCGCAAGAACAGCUUCCUGGACGGCACGCUGCGGCGCAGCUUCAAGACGGGCUCGCUGAAGAAGCAGCGCGUGGAGGAGGAGCAGAUGCUGGAGAUGUUCGUCAAGGAGGAGACGUCGUCCACGCGCACCAGCGUGCUGGAGAAGUGGACGCGGCUGCAGGGCCUGCCCCAGCACCAGGCCAUGAUCAAGUACAUGACCAUCAUCAAGGAGUGGCCAGGCUACGGCUCCACGCUCUUUGAUGUGGAGUGUAAGGAGGGUGGCUUCCCUCAUGACCUGUGGCUGGCGGUCAGCGCGGAGAACGUGUCCGUCUACAAGAGAGGCGAGUCCAAGCCGCUGGAGACCUUCCAGUACGAGCACAUCGUCUUCUUCGGCGCGCCGCAGCCCAGCACCUACAAGAUCACCGUGGACGAGAGGGAGAUGUUCUUCGACACACCACUGGUGGGCGAGAUCACUAAAAUCAUGAAGGCCUACAUCAACAUGAUCGUGAAGAAGCGCUGCAGCGUGAUGUCCGUCUCCAGCUGUGGCAGUGCCUCCUGGACCAGGUGAUCCACACAGACCAAUCAGUGUGCAGGAUCUCAGCUCCGAGAGGACAUGGCCCAAAAAAGGGCCACCAAUCAUAAGAUAGAGCUCCUAUCUCCAGGAAGAAGAAAAAAAGACGACAAACAAAACCAUGGAGAUGUCCACCAGCUGACCACAGAAGCGAGAGUGUGAGACACAAAAACAUGAGAGGAGACACACACACACACACACACACACAUACUCAUCCACAGAAACACAUGGACAAACACACAUACACAAAGACCUUCUAAUACUGUCACCCUUAAUGAAACCUCUGCUUGGUAUAUCCUGCCCUUGUAUGCAGCAACCCUGUCCCAGCUAGCACACUUUUGACUUACUCUGUAUUCACCAGGACCAAUGUCAUCAUCACACCAAGAAGCACAGCCAACACAGCGAGUAUUUAUUCCCUCACUGAACCCUUUCCCUGGUCUUUCCCCUCACUGCCAAGGUUUUUACCAACAGACCAAACCCACACGCUUGCUCUCACUCCACAGUCCACACCUACAUCUGUUUCAGUCUUACUUCGCAGGAAACGUUCUACCUGCAUUAGUGCACUGGAGUUCCAUAUCCAAGGCAGAGACCUGCUGAUGAAAGACUAGACUUGGAGGAGGACUGAGCUUGUUUUUGAUUGAACCUGAAUGACAGACACUGAAGUAACCAGAGAUGGGGGGGGGGGGUGCUGGUGAGUGACUUGAGUCAGCUUGGCACUAGUACAAGCUUGCCCAUUUGUUUGGGACUUCAGAGGAUUACCUGUGAGUUAUAACUGGAGCAGCACAUGACGGCCAUUUUGCAAGUUCCUAACUGUCAUCAGAAAGCAAUCUUGGUCUUCGCAGCUGUGUUUUACUGACGGCUAGUGGCCUAGUUUGAAGAAGGAAACAUUAGUAUUAUAGUGGAAAAAAGUGAUUGAAAAAGAGACUCUGACUCUGGUGUUGAAGAGUUUUUGUUAAAAACUCUGUUGAUGAAAUGUAAAAAUAGUGUUCCAUUCAUGCUAAGUAUUUUCCUCUUCACAUACUGCACAAACACAAACACAUAACCCGAGCUGAGGGUGGUCAUUGUUUUAUAUUAAUUCAGAAGUCUAUAUAGAUUUGAUAACCAUCAAGAGUCCCACUGUACAUAUGUCCCUUAAGAGAUACAGUAUGAUACUAAAUCUCUAUAACCAUGUUUGCCAGAUUAACAAGCAAACAAACAAAAAUGGUAUUUAAAAGUAUUUAUGCAGAUGCACAUACCACUAUCAAUGCCACACAAGAGAGUGCCAUCGUCCUACAGUAUGAAAGAAAGACAAAAAAGAGCAUGGCUGUACGUAACGCGGCAGCAUAGUAUGCAUUAAGACAGCGAGCCUUUAGUUGGGCUGCUAGCACUGCAAUGAAUGGUCCAUCCAGCUGUCUACAGAGCUGCAUUGACGAGCCUAUAAACUGAGCCAUGUGGGCAGAAGAAGUCAAAUAUGAUGUCUGUCUAACUGCUAUGAUAUAUAGAGGAACCACGUAUGAUACUGAAAUACGCAAUAUGUUUAACGCAUAUAGUUGUAACACUGAUUUUUAAAGCCGACUUGUAUGUUACAAAGAGAGGUGACACUUACGGAGGAGGUCUUUGGAAACAGCCAUUGUAUUCAAUGUAUUAAUUUAUAGAUUUACACAACACAGUAGGUUUGGAAGAGAACAUGAUCAGUGUUCAUUUUGCUCCAUAUGAGGAUCUAAAAGGCUGAGAAUAUGUAUAGAUUGCUACUGGGAGUUCCUCUAGUGGAGGGCAGGGGUAUUACCUCUUUGGUCCAGCGCUUAAAGAAUAUGAUUUUUAAUUUAAAGUGCACUCAAGGCACAAUGGCCUACUCAUUUUCUCCACAAAAAUACCUUUGGAGGAGGGAGAACAUAAAGUGAUUGUAAGGCAUUGAUAGCCAUGUCACUACAUCAAUAUUUGUAAUAUGGAGAGUGAAUAGGAUCACCUAAUGUGUCACUUAGAUGUUUGUCUGCAUGCUUGGUCAAAAUUGUUGUUUAAAGACUGAAUUUAAUGUAAAAAGUAUCAUUUUGACUGGAGUGCGCCCUGAAAGGCACAGUUAGAUCAGAAAUGAAAAUGGUGUAAGUAUCUUCUCGCCAUCAAGCCAGAAGUCAACUACAAGAUUUAUUUAUCGGUAAAUGCAUCAUUUGAGCCAUCCAGCAAAAACGUGACUAGAAAUAACUGGCCAUCAUUCACGUCUAAAGCUGUGGGCCUAUACCCUACUAUAAGAGUUACUCAGCUCCACUGAAAAGAAGGCAGUUUGGUUUUCUGGAGUUUUUAGAUACUAACAUUUUUUUCCGCUUCUGAUUUAUUGUCCCUUUCAGAUAGAUCAAAGAAGUGAGAAUGGGAUAGAAUUCCCAAAUCCUAAAGCUGCAACUGAAUCUCGAUGCCUUACACAAACUGGCUGCCUCAGAUGUUCACCUUCGGGUGGGGAGGAGGUUUGUGACGCACAGACCCCCUCAAAACAGCCUCAGGCAGAGUACACUCUUAGAACAGCAUUGGUUCUGUUUAGAACUCUCCAGUGAAAGUAUUCUGGGUAGAACGCUUAUCAGCAUUAAAGCAGAGUUUGGCUCCAAGAAAGGAGCCAAGAAACAUUCUCUUUAAAGAGUGUGGUGUUUGUUCGUGUGUAUGUAUGACAUUUGAGUUAUGGGUGCAAGCAUCCACAUUCAUCUUGAGAAUCUAACUAAACAUACACUUGCAGCUUUAGCCGAAAUACCCCUCUCGACAAAAGUCUCAAUGAAACAAAACACACUGGAGGAAAUACUUUCAGCCAUAUCACACAAACAGGCAGUGACAUCAUUAACCUGCGCCAUUCAUAUCACUUCCUGAUAUCACACGAAAAAAUCCAAGUAUGACUGUAAAAAGUAUUUUUCCUUUAUUGUUUCCACUUUAGUUUGUUACAUACUGUUUGGUUAUGGUUCUUUCUUUUGGAAAGUAUAGAUAUAAGUAUGCUGUAUCAAUACUGUCCUGUGUAGUUUUGCUGUUUGAUAUGCAACUAUAUUUGUCAGUGUAAUGCAAGUUUUUGUGUCUGAGGGUUAUGACCACAAUAUAUACAUAAAUAUUUAAAAAAAAUCAACAAAACACGCAAAAAAGAAAAGGAGUACAAUAAGACAAAGGAAAUAGAAAACAAUGGUGUCAUUAAGAAGUGAGCAUAUGUAUCGAGGCUCCUAUGCCACAGUGGGUUGAUGUGUUAAUGUGUUUAAGAGCAAUGACUGUAUGAGUGGUUGUCGGGGGUUAAAGGGUGGAUGGGUGGGUGUGGGGAUGGUGUACUUAUUUCCUAUUUGAACCACAACACAAUAAUUGGGGAGUUGAGAGGGACCGAGAUUGAGGAGGCAGAUAGUACUGGAAACACUGUACUGUGGUUGUAGGGUUUAUAGAGAUAGAAGGGGCCUUUUCCAGAGUAGCCUGACAGUGUCAAGAAAGCGUGGAGGGAGGGAGAGAGAGAGAGAGAGAGAGAGAGAGAGAAUAGAGGGAGCAGGUCCAGUGAUGCAUACUUCUACACUACUUACAUUCAUAUGCCCACUAAAGCCUGCUCCUGAGUCUGUUUUUCCUCUGUCAAGACCCCUCAUGAAAAUCAGUGUUUUAGCCAAAUCUAACUGACUCAGGAUCAGAAUUUGGAGGUGCUAUCUAUCUGCUCAACACGCACACACACACACACACACACAUACACACACACACACACACACACACACACACACACACACACAUGCGUGUGUAUUCAUAUAUUGCAUACACAUAUAACAUAAACCACGCUUACAGUUAAAUACAAACACUGACACCGACACCUACAUGCACACAGUGCGGUUGGUUCUCUCUCACUAUAGAAUUACACUGAGGUCUGUAAAUAGCUGCAGGCAGCCUAUAGACCUGAAUGUAAUUCUUCCUAAUUGUUGUUGUUCAAUUAAUCUAUAUUCAAAACAAAUGUGCUUGUGUAGGCUACAAAAGAGAGAGAGAGAGAGAGAGUGUGUGUGUGUGUAUGUAUGUGUGUGCAUUUGUGUGAAAGAGGGUCUUUUUCUUUUGUAACUGGCUUUACAAAAUGCUUUAAUAAAUUAUUGGAUUUUACUUUAAUUGUGUUUUGAUUAUUCUUUUGAGACCAUUUUAUUGUAUGUUUUAAUUCAUUUUGUUUCAUGUAGUCCAUGUACGCCUGUCAAGAAAUGGGUUUCAAAAAGUAUUACACAAAUACAAUAAAUUACUAUAAAAUGCUUGGA